CACCAUUGAGACAGCGCAUUUUCACUGGCAGAACCUACGUCAGUCGGAUUUUGUAUUUAAACUGUGCAUGCGAAGAAGUCGUGUGAAGAAGCCGUUUCCACCCUGUUUGCUGGAGAAAAUGGACAUCAGAGGAGCUCAGGCAGGCAAAACUCAGAAACUGGAGAUUCGGCAGGUACCUGAGGUGCAAAGGCAUAGGCGCUAGGCUCGACAAUCCCAUCUCAAUUGCCAUCACUUGAAAUGCUCUACGCGUACGCCUCGCGGGGAAAAGAACUUGUGAGGCGCAGUGGAGAUUUGGUCGUCCUGCUGCCUCUGUCAUGCCUCGAGCCAAUCUAAAGCGACAAUUUAAAUUAUCCAACCUUGCAUCUGGCUUUUACCUGUCGGAAAACUAAAUCCGAUUCAAUUCCCUAAGCUAUUAGUGCUUGACUACAUGGCUUCAUUAAUCUUCACCUUAGGAUGGCUGCUUCCCCCGUCAUCAUUCGAAUAGUUACUGAAUCCAGCUAUGGCACAAGAAAGUUUGGUAACAUUUCACUGGCAUGACGAGAGUGUGAGCUUGUCUGAAGCCUGUAUACUCGACCAAAACGACUUCGAAGGAAUCCAUAUCGCAACGUCGCGUCUCUCAAAGGACUUUGGUGCUGUCACUGGAUCCGAACUGAAAACAGUUUAUUGCAAUGAAAGUACUGUAUUCCCCGACCGGUCGUCAUGUAUUAUCGUUGGCAGCUUAUUGUGUUCGAGCUUGAUUCAAAAUCUAGUCCAUGAUGGAAAACUAGCCGUAGAUGACAUCGAGGAGAAAUGGGAGUCCUUUGCCAUGACGGUGGUAGAUCUACCCUUACCCGGUGUGAGAAAGGCUCUAGUAAUCGCAGGGAGCGAUAAGAGAAGCACAAUAUAUGGUAUUUACUCCCUUUCAGAACAUAUCGGUGUCUCACCAUGGUACUGGUGGGCAGACGUCGUGCCUGAGAAAAAAUCCGAGAUUUUCAUCAGGCGAGGUAGACUACAAUACGGCGAACCUAGUGUGAAGUACCGUGGAAUCUUUAUCAAUGACGAAGCCCCGUCCUUGACUGGCUGGGUCUUGGAAAAGUUCGGUCCAAAGUAUAAUGUCAAAUUCUAUGAGAAGCUGUUUGAAUUACUAUUACGGCUCAAAGCGAACUUCCUCUGGCCAGCUAUGUGGCCGGGAUAUCCUAACUCCGGUAACAGUUUCUUUGUGGAUGAUGAAUUGAAUCAAAAAACUGCACAUGCAUGGGGUAUUGCUGUUUCUACCUCCCAUCAUGAGCCUAUGCAGCGCGCAAUGGCGGAAUGGUUUGCGGAGAACCCCGAAGGAAGUUGGACUUGGACAAAGAACAAGGAGAAGAUCCAAAGAUAUUUCCGAGACGGUGCUGCGAGAGCUAAGGAUUACGAAUCCUACAUUACUCUAGGAAUGAGGGGAGAUGGUGAUCGUGCGAUGACAGUAGAUGACCCUCCUGCGGUCCUUCGGGAGAUUCUUACAUACCAGAGAUCGGUUAUUAAUGAUGUCCUUGGCAUGGAGUUACUUGCGUUGUAUAAGGAGGUCCAGGAAUACUUCGAGAAUGGUUUGUCCGUUCCGGAUGAUGUUACACUCCUAUUUGCAGACGAUAACUUCGGAAAUAUUCGGCGGCUGCCAGUCGGUGUGGAGGCAGAUCGAGCAGGUCGAGCAGGGGUCAGUAUUAAGAAGUCUAUACCAGGCUUGCCAUAUGCCUGGGAUAUCAACUCUGUCCCUGCCAACAAUUUUAUGUCUUUCUUCCAAGGCUUCGCUGAUCAAACCAUUUCAUCUUCCGUGUCGGACGAAACCGCUCGUCUUCUCUAUGAAGCUGAUAGGCUAAUAUCUCUUCGAAAACACGAGCACAUCGAGGCUAAUACCUUCUCCAUUCUGAAUUAUGGCGAAGCAGAAGGGAUCGUUAAUACAUGGGAGUCUCUCUUGGAUAAGGCUACGGAACUCAAUUCGAAAUUAACCCCGGAGCAACAACCUGCCUUCUUUCAGCUGGUCCUACAUCACAUCAAAGCCUCGUACAUCUAUACUAAACUUCGCGUAACCCAAGCGAAAAAUUGUCUAUUCGGACUCCAACGUCGUAAUGAAACAAAUAAAAUGGCACAACAGGUUCUCGAACUCUUCGACGCUGAUUUUGACCUUGCUCAAGAGUAUCAUUCCUUGCUGGACGGGAAAUGGAAUCACAUGUUGCGCCAGCCACACUACGGUUAUAGAGAUACAUGGCAUGCGCCGUCUCGAGACAUGAUUGACGGUCUAGGCUAUAUCCAGGUUAAGCAGGGUUCAAAUCCAAUCGUUAGACAUAUGGGCCUUUCAGUUAAAGGAACGCAAGGGAUCAGACCGGGUUUGACGAAUGAGGAAUCUGAUAGAACGCAUCCAUCUCGGGGUGACCUGGUACCGGGUCUGACGCUCCCUCCGUUGGAACCGUAUGGAACACAGGUUCGCUUUUUUGAGAUCUAUCGUCGUGGUACGGCCUCCUUUACCUGGUGCGUCAGCUCGCCACAUGACUGGGUCAAGGUUGCUCCAUCCUCGGGGAGACUAGACAACGACACUAAUGAUGCCCGGGUACAUGUUGGCAUCGAUUGGCCAAACGUCCCUGCACAUUUCAAUCAAGUAAUUCAGAUUACAAUUUCCUCGUCUGCUGGAGAUUAUGAGCACGUACAUCUUCCUGUCAUUCACAGAGAUGUACCAGACAAAUCAUUUUGUGGGUUUGUUGAAAGCGAUAAUUGUGUCUCAAUACCAGCAACUGAAUUCUCCCAUAUGCAAAACACCAACAGGAGCCGUGGGUUGGUACCACACCCGCUGUCUCUGAUACUGUUUUUUACCAUGGCCCUUGAUAUAAAUCCUAAAGAGCCAUUAGUAUAUGAAGCCAUGAUUGAUGAUAUCUCUUUUGGCACCUUACGCUUAAUCGAAGAUCCGGCCAAGGUUGGUGAUCUCCCACCUCGAUGGGAUGAAGCUGUGCAAGAUUAUGUGUGGAAGAGAACACUACUGGUGCCAGAUAGCCUUUACCGUGGCCGACAUGUGAUCAAAGUACGGUUUUCUCAGCAGAAUGUACUACUGGAGAAGAUUGUUUUGGAUCUGGGCGGUGUUAGAGAGAGCUAUUUGGGCCCAUUGAAGAGUACACUUGUCGGAAAAACAGGUAAUUUCUCCAUCGAGGUUUCCACAUGUACGUUAGGUUUUCCCUGA